AGUGUGAAUAGCUUGUAUGCAUGAUUAUCAUGCAAUUGACAUACUGUUGAUAUUGGCAUUGGUAUCGCAUACAUGAUGCGUGGUUCAGCUGUGGCCUUUGAUCUCCAGAAGAUGCAUCAUAGUGUAGUAUGUCAUAACAAACUCAGGAGGAUUGAAUUCAUUUUUAUAACCAACACUCAGAACACAAGUGUUCUCUCCUAAACUCAUCGAUCGUAAUGAUGGCAUCCAUCCUUCUGUUCACGUCAACCACACGAAGGAAAAAUGUGUAUAUAUUAUACACAUAUAUAUUAUAUGUAUAUAGACCCCCACCAGUCUGGAUCUAUAGCAGCGUAUCUAGUGGCUGGUCCAUGGCAAACCUGAGCCGGCCCCAACUAAACUUGAACCCUGUAAAAAAGGUUGUUUGUCAUGAGGUUGAUUGAUUUCAGAGGGAAGAAGAUCUACGAGCCUCCUCGCUUCAUGACGGUCAAUCAGGCUGCAGACCAGCUGAUCCAGAUCAUCCAGAGGAGGAGGGAGGAGGGGGAGGAGCUGGGUAUGACGGAGGACACAGUGUGUGUGGGCGUCGCCCGACUCGGCGCUGACGACCAGUCGAUCCGCGCGGCAACGCUGAGUCAGCUGAUGUCAUGUGACCUCGGGACUCCGCUCCAUUCGCUGGUCGUCACCGGGCGGCUCCACCCGCUGGAAGUGGACAUGCUGCGAGUGAACGCAGAACCAAACGCACUGCAACACCUUCAGCAGGCGGACGCCUCUACCUGCUGCUCAUAACUGUGUGUGUGUGUGUGUGUGUGUGUGUGUGUGUGUGUGUGU